CGUUUUGCUAUAGAUUUCAAUUAUGAUGGCAGUGGUUGGGAAAUUUUGCAGUUGGAAUGGAUAAAUGAUGAUGAUGAAAAAAUGCGUUACAACUACAAGCAUCAGAAUCGAUUGUGGUCUGAAGAAGGCGACGCGUCGACCUCCGCGCGUUCCGAUGGUGAGGCAGCUGAAGAGCCUGAGAAUAAUACUAAUGUGCAUGUAUCUGGCGAAUACCAGGGGGACAUUUACAAUGUGAACUACUCAAAUGAUAACACACUAAAUGCACCGAGUCAAACCAACAUACAAGCGACUAUUGGUGAAGUACUCGACUAUAUACAAACGAAUGUAUUGCCAACGCUCAAAUAAUGCUGGAACUUCUUUCCGUGGCUUUUUAAGUGCUUACGAUUUUUUUUUAUCAAAAAUACUAAUAAAACCGAUUCGUUA